AUGGCACCUCGUUCCCUUUAUCUGCUCGCUAUUCUUCUGUUCAGCGCGAACGUCUUCGCUGGCGUGGGAUUUGCCGCAGCCGCUGAUGAGUCGGCUAGCAACGUUAUCGUGAAGGGAGGCAAAGGAAAGGAGAGGGAGGACGGCCCUGAGGAGCCGGAAGAAACCGGACCAGAAGAGACCGGACCAGAAGAAACCGGACCAGAAGAGACGGGGCCGGAGGAGACGGGGCCGGAAGAGACGGGACCAGAGGAAACUGAACCUGAACCUGAACCUGGUGCUGCAACGCUGAAAUCUGUUGCACUUCCGAUUGCAGUCGCGGCUGCUGCUCUCGUUGCCGCAUUCUAA